AUGAGACUUGGAAUUAUAUACGAUUCCAUAGAGGGAAGUGAUGAGGCUUUUAGACAAAAACAUAGAAGCAGACUCCGCACCACCUUGCAACAAGCAAUAAGGGACACAGAAGAUCUGAUGCGCGAUGUUAGGAAGCUAUUCUACAGCCCUGUCCAAGAUUUCCCAACUACUGCACAAGCUGCUUCAUCAAAGCAAGCUGUCUUAGCUUCAGACAUUAUGGAAGGGCGUGGCAAGGAAUUGGGGGAGAUAAUGGACCAGCUCAUCCACACCGGGGGCUUGUCUCGAGGACGAAAAGUAAUUUCCAUUCUCGGGAUGGGAGGUAUUGGCAAGACGACUUUAGCCAGAAGGGUGUACGAAGAUCCAUUGGUUUUGUCAUAUUUUGACAUUCUUGGAUGGACUGUUGUUUCCCAAACGCAUGAUGUGAGAAAGAUGUUACUUGACCUCCUUCAAUCCAUUGAUAUCUACCGUACGCCAAAGGGAAACGAUGAUGGUGAAAAAGCAGACAAUGAACAAGCUAACAUUGAUAAACUGAAAGAUGGUGAACUGACAGAAAGACUAAGGAAAUGCUUGAUGGGCAGGAGGUAUCUAAUUGUUCUGGAUGACAUAUGGAGCAUCAGUGCUUGGGAAGACAUCCAUUUGUGUUUUCCUGACAACUGUGGGAGUCGAAUAUUGUUGACCACUCGACACAAAGAGGUUGCUGAUUCUGCUGCUGAUGAUGAUUCAGGUAACAAUCUUCAUACCUUGGGUUCUCUAAAUUCACAAGAAAGUUGGAAUUUAUUCUGCAAAAACUUCCCUGUAAAGCAAGGUUUGCCCCAAGAACUUGAAACAAUCGGGAGGCACGUUGUUGAUAAAUGCAACGGGUUACCACUAGCAAUUGUUGUAGUUGCAGGAGUUCUGUCCAAACUGAACCGAACUGUUGAGGAAUGGCAAGUUUUUGAAAACCAAACAAAUUCACUAGUUGUAACUACAGAUCUUAAAGACGAAGCAAUUAUAGUCAAAAGACUUAUAAGGUUAUGGAUUGCAGAGGGGUUCGUGGAGUUAAUAAACAGUGAGAACCUGGAAGACAUGGCUCAUGGGUAUUUACAAGAUCUUGUUGAUAGGAGCUUAAUCCUAAUUCAGAACCGGGGCUUCAAUGGCGAAAUCAAGACGUGUAGGAUGCACAACAUCGUUCAUGACUUCUGUGUGAGGGAGGCAAUAAAAGAGAAGCUGCUGAAUAAUAAUGUUGGAAAGGAACUGCAAGAAGAAGGGUGUCGUUGGUUAAAUUUCUGGCCAAAGAGGAUCCUACGUGAAGGUCUCCGUGAGCUGGAGAAUAUGUAUGUGCCUCGAUCCAUUUUGUAUUUGCAUACAAGUUAUGCAUCAUCAGACGUGAUUGAUCCAAUGUAUCAUUGGAGUGCAUUGUUAAGGGUUAUGGAAUUGCAUCCUCCAAUCUCCAUAGGGUCAUGGGCAUAUCCUAUUUCUCUUUUGAGAUAUAUUAACAUAUGCCUGCAGGAGCACUAUUCAUCUCGUCAGCUUGAGAAUUAUGCCUUGUACAUAGUUAGGGAGAAGCUUCAAACACUUUAUUGGUUGCGUUUGCGCCAUUGCACGGAGGAAGUCUUUUCCAGGAUUCCCAAUGUAAGAAAGUUGGGGAUUUCCUGUCAACCCCAAACUAAUGAUGAUGAUCAGGAGGUUGAGGUUGGUCUCAACAACAUCUUGGAUAAUCUUCACCAUCUAAAUCAGCUUGAGACACUAAAGAUUGCAGCAGCAGAGUCUCCUCGUCCCCGAUACAUAUGCCUCAGGAAUCCACAAUCCUUCCCGGGGAACCUCAAGGAGCUUACAUUGGUUUGGACUCGUAUUCACUGGGAACACAUAAGCACCGUUAUUGGCUGCAUUCCUAGCCUUGAAGUGCUCAAACUGAAGCAUAGAGCCGCCCGCACCAAAACGUGGGAACCAAGCGAGGGGGGGUUUUGUCGGUUGAAGUUCUUGCUGGUUGAGUCCUGCCAAGAUUUCAAGUACUGGAAAGCCAGCGCUGAUCACUACCCUGUUCUUGAGCGUAUCGUAAUACGUGACUGCCCAUCAUUGAAAGAGAUUCCUAGUAGCUUUGUAGAUAUGAGCACAUUGCGUUUAAUUGAGCUCAACCAUUGCUGUCCUUCUCUUGUGACUUCUGCCAAGCAAAUUCAAGAGGAUCAGCAGGACAUUGGAAAUGAACAGCUUAUUGUUCGUGCCUACAAUACUAUGGUCUCUCUCUUUUGUUCUCAGCAUUUUUACCAAUAUAGAUCAGAGCUGCUUUAA